AUGCUCGCAGUGCACACGCCAACGUGGCCCAUGCGCGCGUCCAUUCAUGCAGGCGAUGACGAUCUUCCUAACUUGGCUCUGCGUCAGGCAGUGUACGCAUCAUCAGUGUACCUGUGGGAUAACACUUACCUCUACCCAGGUUACGCGGUGGAUGGAGUCACCGAGUAUCCAAGUCCCCUCGAUGCAUCCACCUUAAGCUUAUUUCACUCGAACUACUCGGAUCCGACGCCUUGGAUUUCUGUUGACCUGGGUGCCGUGGCACUUGUGAAGCGGGUUGUCAUCAUCAACCGAUGUGAUUGCUGUCCGGAACGACUGCAGAAUGCAGAGCUGCGCAUUGGGAACGUCAGCAUUACUCGGGGGAUUAAUGCAGCAGGCGGGGGCGAUACACGCAACAUUACAGGGGACCCCUUGGUCUGGCGACAAGAUGCCGAUGUAGGCAUGUGCGCUUCAAAGAUCAUCGCGUUUGACACGCCCAAGGUUGGACGAUGGGUCACGUUACAAAACAAGUACCCUCUUCUACAAAUCUCGGAGAUCCAAGUCUUUGGAUAUUACGCCGCCUCCGCAGGUGGGUGUGCGCAUCUGUAA